AUGGAUAGUAUACAAACAAUAACAUUGAUAGAAUCGGGUAUUCUAUCAUCCUCUUCAUCUUCGGACUCAUCUGAUGACGAAGAACUAUAUUCAGUGAUUUGUAAUGGAAUUCAUCAUGUAAAGCCCAAAGUUAAGGACUUUGUGGUAAAUGUUGUACAUAGUUUUACCGAUGACGAGUUUUUAAGAAAUUUCAGACUAUCCCGAACAACUGUGGAUAGAAUUGUCAGAAAUUUUAUGAGCAGUGAUUACUAUCCAAAAUAUACAGCUGGAAAGCCCACAAUAUCAGCUGAAGCACAUAUACUGAUGUUUCUAUGGUUUGCAGGUAACAAAACAGUAAUAAGAAUAGUGGCACAAGUAUUCAAUUGCAGUGAAUCUUCUUUUUUUGUAGUGUUUAAUAGGGUAGUUGAAUUCCUAUUGAAUAUUUUGCCUAGUAUAAUUAAAAUGCCUACCUCAAAUGAUGACAAAAUACAAUGUGCCUACGAGUUUCAGCAAAUUGCAGGUAUACCUGAUGUACUCGGUGCUAUAGAUGGUUCGUAUAUAAGCAUUAGAAAACCAAAGCACAAAAUUCGAUCCACGUAUGUUAACAGACAUCAUGACUGCUCUUUAACUUUGCAAGGUAUAUUUUGCAAUGCAAAGAAAAAAUUUGUUGAUGUUUGUACUGGAACGCCCGGUAAAAUGCAUGAUGCCCGCAUACUUCAACACUCUUUUAUAUAUAAAGACACAUAUUUACAACAAGUAUGUGGAUCAAAGUACCACAUUUUAGGUGAUGCAGCUUAUCCGCUAGAAGAAAAUAUUAUAACUCCUUUCAAGGAUUAUGGAAAUCUUACAAACAAUGAGAAAUUAUUCAAUAAAAAUCAUGCCAAGACAAGAGUUGUAAUUGAGAAUACUUUUGGCUUAUUAAAAGGACGUUUCCGCCAAUUGUUAAAAUUAGAUUUUUUAUUAGCUGAAAAAGAUUCAAAUUUUAUACUAGCUUGUUGUGUGCUACAUAAUUUGUGUACAGAUGAUGAUGAUCUCGUUCCUGAGCAACCACCUAUAGAAGUAGAAGAAUUACCAGAAAAUGUAACUCUUAACAUUCACCCAGGAACUCUCCAAUCUCGAGAAAAAGGAUUUCAAAAACGAAAAAUGUUAUGUUCUUUGUAG